CUUCAUUAAUAUUGAAGCUUUGAUUUGCAUUCUACGUUACGUCUAAUGGUUUGAACAAAGGAGAGCAAUCAAACGUUUUGAACUGCAACCCAGAGUUUUCAGGUUUUCGAAACUUCAUAAACCUCGUCUACUGCCUUAUUAUGGACAAUCGUUGUAUGAUCGGACCUUUAUAGCCAACAUAGAUUUAUACCCGAUUUGUCCAAGUCUACAUGAAACAAGUAAUAGGGGAGCUGGAACAGCUUCGAGCUAAGAAUAUUGCUGACAAUGAAGCUAUGUUGGCUAAAUUGAUGAAGGAUUUGAAAGCACAUCCACAGUUCUCCACUCUGGCAAAGAAGACUCAAAAGAGGGCACCACGUGUAAAAAGACAAAGAAGUGAUGAUGCAGAGGCAGAUGAAUCGUACGUGCGACGUAGCUCAUCACGUCAGGUGGUGCUACGAAACCCAAUUACAACAAGGUCCAGAUCAAGGCUCAACUCAACAGGUUCGAGCAAUAAUUCUGGUGCAUCAACUCCCGUAAAUAGCCCAGAUAGACUUGUCGUGAAGUUUGGUGGUUUCUUUGGAAGGAGCCCUCACCCACUUAGAGAGCUAGAUGAUGGAACAUGUGGAGUAUAUGAGGACGAGGAUGAGGCUCCAAGAUUUCCACCAGAGAUAAAAUCUCCAAGUCGUAAAAGAGCAAGAACCUCCCCACCACAAGAGGCUAAAUCAGUGGAUGAAAUAACACAGGAAGACCUGGAUAUGGUUGCUAAUCAUGUUAAGGAAAAACGCUAUGACUCAUAUAAUGGCACUACAUGUCACCAGUGUAGGCAAAAGACAGAUGACCAGAAAACUAUCUGUAGGUCUGAGGAUUGCUCAGGAGUACGUGGUCAUUUCUGCGGACCUUGUCUGAGGAAUAGAUAUGGAGAGGAUGCAAAAACUGCUCUCAAGGACCCAGAUUGGCAGUGUCCCCCAUGUCGAGGUAUUUGCAAUUGUAGUUUCUGUCGAAGAAAAGCAGGCUGCUGCAGCACUGGAAUUCUUAUCCACGUUGCCAGACUUCAUGGCUAUGAGGACGUCAAUGCAUAUCUUCAGAGCCUAAGGACAUGAUUGGACAAUAAUUAGAUGCGCAUAGUUACACACACAGCCUGUAGUUGGAGAUAAUACUAAACACAGGAUACACUGUUGAAAGGCCUCAGGAAUUCAUUCUAAUUAAGAAUCAACGCUUGAUUGAUGGAGUGGAAUGAUUAUAAUGCAAUUAACUGAAUGAAGAAGCAGAUUUAAUUACAGUAAAACCUGUGGAUUCAAGCCCUGAUUAAUGAACAUUUUGCAAUGUGACGGUGCUUAUCAUGCCUGUAUCACUGGUACUCACCUAGUUACCCUGACAAUACGUCAGUGUAACAUGGCGGAACUACAUCCGGGACUCGGUUUCGGUAAGAUAUUUUUAUUUCUCGAUUUACACCUACUU